GUCACUUCCUGGGACGACAGCAGCUGAAUGUGCAUCAAACUUGAAGAAGAUUUAUACAGUGCAAACAGUGCAGGAUUUCUGGAGUGUCUACAACAACAUUCCUCCUGUGACAAAUUUGCCCAUGAGAUGUAGUUACCAUUUAAUGCGGGGAGAAAGACGGCCGCUUUGGGAAGAGGAAAGCAAUGCUAAAGGAGGUAUAUGGAAAAUGAAGGUCCCUAAAGAAAGCACGGCUGCAGUUUGGAAAGAGCUACUCUUAGCCACUAUUGGAGAGCAGUUUACAGACUGUUGUGCAGCAGAUGAUGAAGUAAUAGGGGUUAGCAUCAGCGUCCGGGACCGUGAAGAUGUUGUGCAAGUGUGGAAUGUGAACGCCUCUUUAGCAAGCGAAGCAAAAGUUUUAGAAAAGAUACAUAAACUUCUGCCACGCACGUCUUUUAAAGCGGUCUUUUAUAAAUCACACAGAGAGCAUCAUGCUUUUGAAGGCCGACGGGGAAAACAUUAA